AGGGUGUCAAGCAAAAUGUGGCGUUUCGGUGGCUGCGUUUUCCCAAUGAAAACAAUCGAGUCAUUAAUACCCUCCCAUCCUCUUGAUUUAGGAUUCAUCCCCGUUUUCUGUCAGAAAUCCUAUGUGGAGAAUGUCAGUCACCUCCUCCGUGGAGCGGAGUGUUAAGCUGAACGGAGCGGACGCGUACGACAGCGGCGAUGAGUGGGAGAUCGGGCUCGGGGAUCUGAUCAUCGACCUGGACGCCGAUUUGGAGAAGGAUCGACGGAAAUCGGAGAUGAAUAGUCGCGCGCUGGCCAUGAAAGGCGCCGAGGAGGCUGGCGAGGAGGAGCUGGAGCGCGAGCGCGCGCUGGACGGCCUCGCGGGUCCCGGCGCGCAGCCCGCCGCUGCCCGAACCAGCCUCUGCAAAGAGGCGAGGAAAUUUAAGGAGAAACGUCGGCAUUCGGCGGGCGACGGCGACUCCGAGGCGUUCCCGGCAGCUGUGGGCAAACGGCGCGAGCCUCAAGGACGCCCCCCCGGAGAGGUCUCGGGGAUGAAUGCGGCGGCGGCGGCGGCUGCGGCGGCGGCUGCGGCUGCGGUGGUCGAACGCGGCCACCCCGAGCAGCACGCCGGUGAUGUCAGCGGCUCUUGCGCCAAAGGCAAAGAGGGGAAGAGAGGGAGGAAUCAGGGCAGGGGGCUCAAGCGGGAAGCCAAGGAGCCGGCGCGAGCGCGGAAGGACAGGCACGGCGGCGAUGCCGCCGGAUUCGGACUGGGCCCCGUCCCGCAGGACGACGGCUGGAAGGAGAAGCCGUGCUAUUGUGGGGACAGCGGAGCGGGAGACCUCGGCAGGGGAGCGAUGGACGCUGGGAUGAGGGCUGCGGGCGCUAUUGUUGCCGACAGGGCUGAAGGAGCCUGCUCGCCUGAGCGAGCUCACAAGACGUUGAGUAUAAAAACCAGGUCAGUGGGGACCAAUACCCAAGAGGCUGAAAGAGCCAUUGAGUCAAACUACAUGGAGCCAUGUCAACCAGGAACAAGCGUAAAUUUGGAGGGGAUCGUGUGGCAUGAAACAGAAGAGGGGGUUCUUGUGGUGAAUGUCACAUGGAGAAAAAGGACCUAUGUGGGAACUCUCUUAGACUGUACCAAGCAUGACUGGGCCCCUCCUCGGUUUUGUGAGUCCCCAAUGAGUGAUUCUGACAUGCCAUGUGGGCGCGGACGUGGUAAACGGAUGCGAUUGGCAGUGUCAGACCAGCCUGUCGUAGAACCUGGUCUCUCCAAGAUAAGAGGGCUAACACAUAAGAGGCGUGGUGUGGGAAUAGGCAACAAAGGCAGGCGAGGAAGUCUAAAUCUUAGUACCUGUAGGACUCCUGCUUACUAUUCAGUGGAGGAGAUAAAGUCAAGUCCACUUAUAUGCGGCAAAAGAAAAGGCAAAGCCCCGGCUGAUCUAGAUUUAAGCUUAGUUGCAGAGGAUGUAAGGAAUGGAAAUGGGAAACGAAUACGUGCCAAAUCCAGGAGCGCUCCUUCCACUCCGCAGGGGAAAUCAGACCCAGCGUUUCUGGACCAAGUGUGCGCCUCUCCGAUGCUAAUUGAUUGCCCACACCCUAACUGCAACAAGAAAUACAAGCAUAUCAAUGGGCUACGGUACCACCAAUCGCACGCACACUUGGACAGUGAUAGCAAACAGGAGUUUGAGGCCGAGAGUGAGGACAGGCUCUCUGAUUAUGAAGAAUCCCUCAGUAAUGUGGCUUUUGACUCCGCUGAGAAUCUUGAUAUUAUGUCCAAGAAGCCAAGAACCAUGUAUAAGCUCAGUUCAGGUGGAUCUCCAAAGAGCAGAAAAUUGUUGCUGAACAGUGAACACAGUCCUACAGCAAACCCUAAGCCACGGAGGAACAUGGUAGGUAAAGAGGGACCCAUUGACGACUUGAGCAACCUGCCACUUAUUUCAAACAUGUCUGUGGUCCUUGAGAACUGCCUCAUCACAGAUCGCAACUCAUCUGUGGAAAUGCCUAAGCUUGAAGCUGAAGGUGUCAUUGAUAAGAGGGAAAUUAAAAAAGAAAAUGAAACUGCUGAAAGGUGCUCAGCCAAAGCUAGGGCUAACAGACUUAUUGCUAAUACCCCUGCACCCCCAAAGCUUAUCGCCAUUCCCACAACAUUUCCUACCAAAAUCACAGAUGGCUCAUUUCAUCAACCUUCUCCAACCGUUACUCUCACAAAAGCUAAGAACCUUUCACUGAAACCUCUCAAGCCAAAGUUGGACAUUGUUGCUCAAGUUAACAUGGCAAAUGCAGCCAUAGCUUUAAGCAAAGAAAGUAAGAGAAAGGAUAAGCACAGAUUAAAGGACAGAAACUGUAAAGACCCCAGAAGUCCAAAAACAGAUCCUGUUUUCAUAAAAGCAGAUGACACAAAAAGUAUAGGAAAAGAUUUUCCGGUUAGCCUGUUGAAAGAGCAUUUGAGCAAGCAAGACGUUGUCAAUGGUCCGAGUGAAAGUCAAGAGAGUCGAAUGGCAAGUAUCAGAGCUGAGGCUGACAAAGUGUACACUUUCACUGACAAUGCCCCCAGUCCGUCCAUUGGGAGCUCUGCAAGAAUGGACCCUGGCACACUGUCAAAUGGAGAUAGUAAUACAACCAAGACAAACAGUCCAGCAUACUCAGACAUAUCUGAUGCAGCUGAGGAUGGCGGAUUAAAUUCAAGAUCCAGAAGAAACUCAGCUCCCGAUUCCAGUCUGAAUGGAAAUAUCAAUCCCAAGAUUCCCUGCCCAAUUACCCCUGUCACUGCAGCCCAGUCGUCAAGUCACAGCCAUGGAUAUGAGUCUUAUGGUCUUCCGGGUUACAUGCACUCUGGCCAAAGCAACUCUGCUGCUUUCCUAAAGGUGUCCACACCUUACAGCAGAACCAAGGAGGACGCAAGAGACUUAAACGAGGACCUGAAAAACUCAGAAUCAAGUGCCGACGCCAGUUCUCAGUCACAGCUUCAAUUAGCCAUGACACAAACGCAGACUGCUUUAGCUCAGUCCUUAUACUAUGGACAGUACACUCGUAACGUCCCCGUGGACCAGAAGGUUUUGGUAGUUCCAAACACUCACCGACAGCAGAAUGAGACAUGCUGUGAUGAUGUGCAAUACAGCAAACAGAGCAGAGUGCAAGCAAGACGAGGACCCGAGCAGAAAGAGAGAACGAAAGAGGAUACAAAACAGAUGAUAACAUCAUCUGUGGCCAGCCACAAGGGAACAAACUCGGUUAAAAUCAGCUGCUCCAAGCCUGGUUUCAUCUACGUAGAGUUGGACAAGCAUCAGCAGUCGCAAGCGAAGUCUUCUCUUAUGUCAAUGACAAAAGAUCAGGGGCAUAACAAGGAGUCUGAAGACUUCAACCCAGAAAGUCAAAAUACAAAAACGAAUGUGGACACAAACGUAACAUAUCUAAAUGCUUCAGAAUCACAGUCCUGGAGCCACUCUUUUCAGUCCAAAUAUGUGAAGCAGCAAAAUCAAGAGGUAAACAAGGUCUCUCAGGAAAUAGGCCAAGACAAGGUGAAAGACUGGCGCGUGCCUCCCGAUCCAGAGUCCAGACUGGAGGCUGAGCUUCAAAAUGUAAAGUGUGAGUCACCUUCUGAGGACUUAGAUGAGAGCACCAGAGCAGAGGCAGAAGAGAUGCCCAGCGAAACCUCUGAAGACUCGCAGAGUAUGAGAGUGGCAGUAUCCUCUUCUCAACAACCGUACAUUCAGUACCAGCACUCCUACCCGUACCUACACUUAUGUGAGGCAAACAACUCUUCUUUUAGGGUGAUGUCACCAGCGCUGGUGCACAACUACCCAGGUUUCCAUUACCCUCUGUAUGGGAAGACAGCAGGUAGAGAGGACUCAGAAGGGACGCAGAACAGCAAGCCAGUUACUGACCCAACAGCCUUGGAGCUGCUGCCCCAUCACAACCUUCCAUACCAUGGCAAAUCUCCUGUGCCUGGGGAGCGGGGAUCUCCAGACGAAGACAGGGAGACAGAGCAAGAGAGAGAAACCGUUCCAUUUGCGCACCACCUUCACACGCACCAUCACACUCAUCUGGGCAUGAGCUACACUCUUGUGUCGGGGCAAUAUGACCCAUAUCAAGGGGAAAAGAAAAACUAAAUGAACCUCAGUACCAGUUAAUGUUUACUAGAAGCAUAAUAGCUGGCUGCCAUGUUUAAAAACGAAGUCCUUCAAGCUAAUUUUUAUUUUGGUGUAACUGUGUAAUCUUUGAAGGUCUGAGUAUGGCAGCCCUGGUUGCCAGCCAGUAAGUGGCAACCACACAGACCACUUCCUGUGGUAUGUAUGGCCUUUAUGCAUGACUGGAAAUAGCCCCUGUCUGUUUACUAGGGGAUUUGUGAAUACUGAUUAUUCAUUUUACGAUUGCAGAAAAUGAUGGGAAGAUGUGAGUCCAAACAACAGGUUCCGGGCUCACACAAGGAUUCAUAGACAUCAAUUCCAUGGUGUUAUUCAUUGCCUCCAUGGGAGGCAGAAACUACUUUCCUUUUUUUAAUUAAUGAAUGUAACAUUAGAGGAACAAUGCAGUGCUAAUAAUAUUAUGGAACGAUGUAUAGGUAUGUAAUGGUAUCGCCAUAGUGAGACAAGGCUUUGUAAAAUAGGCUAUUUGCUUUUUGGGUGCCUGUCAUUAAAGACAAACAUGUAAAGCUUUCUGUAAUAGGACUUUGCCUGUAAAUGGCUGCAUCUAGCUAGUUGUAUGCACAUGUAUCGUUGUGUACCAUAAUAUUGAAUGUAUUUGAUAUUUCAUGACCUCCGUGUGGUAAAGGAUGAUUUGCAGUAGGUUAAAAGUGACUGUAAGGUGGAUCUGUCUGCAUUAACCUAUUAACAUGAAUAUAAUGUUAUUAGCCACAGCCAUUAACCGAUUGUAUCGUAUCAAGUGAAAGGAGUUAAUCGACACAUCUCGGUGCCAUAUAGUAUUAUUGUGAUGUACAUUUUGUACAUAGUUAACAAAGCUUAACAGCAGAUAUUACUUGCUUAUGUACAGUUGUUUUCAGUGCAAUGUACGGUUGUCUAUUCCACCUCACUUACAUGGCAAAAGUAGUCCUCCCCUUGUUACUUGAAUAGUGCUGCAUUACUUAAAUAUGUUUACAAGUACAUCUUUGGAAAAACAAGUCAGUGUUGUAGUUUGGUUCGUCCUUACUGUCAUUAGUUUUUUCUUGAUGUCAACUAUACAGUACCAUGAAAUUACAGUUGCUUUUUAUACUGUUCUUGCCUUAACACAUUUGUCAAUCCAAAUAAAAGUAAAGGUUGUUUGUA